AUGUUUCGUUUUAAAACAGUUUCCUCCUUAUUAUUCUUAACAGCUGCAAUACUCGUGUGUUGUGUCUUUAUUCUUCAUUUUUUGACUCCAACAUAUGAAUCUUUUGAAAAUAUCGUUCACGAGUCAAAUGAAAAUGUUUCUGGUGUGAAGUUUUUACCAAGUGGUGAGGCUCAUGGUUCAAGGGCAAAUUUGCUAACGCCAGCGAAUGAAUCUAACCAAAAUAUCAUUGAACCUUCGAUAAAGUGUCAUGAUUAUUCAAUACCUAUUGAAAAAUACCGUUCACAACCAAUAGUUCGUGGUGUUAUUGUUAGUUUUCCGUCAUUAAAAUCCGAUUAUUAUUUUGUACAAUUCCGUUGGUUUUAUCGAAGUUGGAUAGAAUCAGAAAUGUUUACAUUAGAUCAUUGGCGUACGGAUAUAAUUAUACUUAUUGCUGAUCAAUUUCCGAGUCGUACACGAAAAGUAUUAGAACAUCUAGAUUGUCGUGUAGAAAAUCAACGAACAUCUCGUCGGCAAAUCUCACGAUGUAUACUUGUUAAUCAUAAAUUAUUUUCACAAAGAUCUCGAUCUCAACGGCAACUCUAUAUUGGCAAGUAUCCACUGCUUAAUCCAGCGAAUAAACUUCAUCCUAAUAUUGAUCGUUUAUUUGCUAUUUAUGAUUAUACAAAUAGAAACGAAGCAAAUAUGUAUGAUUUACUAAUGGUUACAACGAUGAACACAUUUUUAACAACACAGUUUGGAAAAUAUAUUCCCAUUAAAUGUUCAUUUCUUAUUGGUACAACGCCAGAUUAUUCAACUUGGUAUGGUAAAACUGAUCAAAUUAAGCAAUUUGCUCAUACUCUUCUAUCUACAUUAAAACAAUCUGAUGGAACUCGAAAAAAUGUAACGAUUGAUUUUCCAUCAGCAAUAGAGAAAUUAAAGUCAACAUUUUCAUUUAUUGAAGGACAAGUUGAUGUAUCAUGUGAUUCAAAAAUCACUACUUAUCGAACAUCUGUAUAUCAUUUAAAAUGUUACGCACAUUCAACAAGUUUAUUUUCAGAAAGAAUGUUUCGUGAAAACGCAUACGAUGGUUAUGAAAAAGAGCCGUUUAAUAUUUACAUAGCGCGAGAAUAUGCAACAUUAAUGGCUCUUCAAUCAAAAGUUAUGACGCUUGAUGGUUUGCAUUCAUUAGCUAUUAAUGUGACACGACGGGCAGUUUUCACAUAA